AUGAAGCUAGAUCAAAUUAGAGUUUAUUAUUGCAAUGCAACAAGUGAUGGUGGUUUUAUUUAUCUAAGAUUGGUUGAUUCAAGUACAUCAAAGACCGUGGUUUAAAUCUCAAACUCAAAGUAAAUAUCUAGAAACUAAGCAAAAACUGGAGGAUUUAUUUUCUUAUCGAAUCCCUUUGCAGAACUCUACUUUUCAAAUAUUGAAAUUCAAGAUGCUAUUUCUUGCUUAAAAUUCUAUUACUUUCAACAUCUCAAAUUCAGUUUUCUAAUGCAAAACAUAUAACCCCUUAAAAAACAAAACAUUCCAAACAAUAGAUCAAGUAUUUACGGCAUUAACUGA